ACAGAUAAGAAAGUAACUACCAAACUAGGAAGUUUGUCGAACAGUAGACAGUGAAGUACGGAAUAUUAAGAUUAAAUAUCACCUAAUCAGGAAUGGGAUAUACGUUUUGUCUAACGAAUAUCAUCAGGAUUUUUCAUCGUGGAUGCUGAUUGCGACCCCUCUACCGAGUGGUGUCUUUACAUCAUUUACAAAACCGUCAAAUGGGGAUUCUAGAGCAUCAUGCCGUGAGAACAUCAAUGUCAAUACUAGUAUAUACGAAGUAAAACAUGCUUCGUCAAUAGGAUUUAUCGUUACAAUACAGACGCAGAAACCACCCCUGCCUUCAUUUCAGUUGGUAAAAGGGUCAUAUAAUUGGAAUUUGACGACGCCGGCAAUGAUAGAUCGAGAAACGACACCUCAGUUUACUUUUGAGUUCAGUGCUACAGACGGAUCGCUUAGUGAACUGAGUGUUCCGCUGACGUUGGACAUAGAAGACGAAAACGACAACACCCCUCAGUUUAUAAACAGUAUAUACACAGGGACUAUUUAUAAUACAGCAAAAGCAGGAGAUUACAUGUUAACGAUACAAGCAACCGAUGAAGAUCUAAAUCCGAAUAUCACAUAUUUUAUAACUGGUGGAGAUAUUGGGAACACGUUUUCGUUAGACCAAUACACAGGCCAGCUGACAUUGACAAGGCCUGGUAACCUCAACCCGGUUACGACGCCCACUUAUACCCUUACAGUUCAGGCCAGUGAUGGUAAAACGUUUAACACAACCACUGUGACUGUACACGUCGUAGCGGAUCCCUGUUCCUCUAACCCGUGUAAUAACGGCGGGGCGUGUGCAGUCAAUGGGAUGGCGUUCACAUGCAGCUGUACAACAGGUUUCCAUGGAUCAACUUGCAAUGAAACCGGCCCGACUACAAGCGAUCCUUGCGUCUCUAAACCGUGUACAAACGGUUGUACGUGUGCGGUUUCUGGACCUUCGUUUAGUUGUCUGUGUGUGUCUGGUACGAUGGGAAAUACGUGCUCUCCAAUCGUCACAACGGCAGCCGCCCAGAAUGAAACACUAGAUCAAGAAAACAAGGCUGAGAGUUCAAGCAAUUUACUAGCAGUUUACAUCGUCGUCCCGAUGCUGAUGCUUUCGAUAAUUGUUGUCGCAGCGAUUGUCAUGUAUAAAAAUAAAAAGAGACAAAAGAUAGCUGAUGGCAAUGCGCAAGAAGGUCCAGGCAACAAAUGGUUUGACGGUAGCCUAGAAAUAAACUUGUAGCAUAUAAGACACUAUGGACCACAAGGUCAUCUUGUCAUUUAAUAAGCGUUUAACAUUUCUUGGUUAAAUGAAGCGGCCUUAAAUUAAUUUAUCUCUUAAACUGUAGUUCGCGGUUGUAGUCUUAUAUAUUCUGUGUGCAUUAUAUCGUCCUUCUUCCUUGAAGAACAAAUCCGUCUAUAUCUUAAUGUGUAUUGUUAUUGGAAAAUAGCAAGUGCAAUUGUUUACUUACACUUGUUGACAGAUGGCGAGUUCUCAAAGUCAAAUAUUUUCUAACGUUCACUGAAUAGACAAAUACGGCGCAUCUUGGAGCGAAAUAUCAUUAACAUCCUUAAAUUUAUGCAAGGCGAAUUAUCGUUUUGUCACAUUAAUGUGGGAAUAAUGGAACUGAAUUGAUAACAAUUAAACAUAAAAAGUAGGCUACUUGAAAACUGUUAUAAAUGUUGCUAACAGCUCUUCGAUCACGUUUUCUAUGUAAACCUCAUUGUAAGCAAGAAUUUCCAAGUGGUUUUGGUUUUAGCAUGUGGAUGCAUAUGUAUCGGCCUGAACCCCAGUUUUUGCUUAUAGUAUUGUUUCCUUUAUUGUAUAUUGCGCUCAUGGUAUCAUACUUAAUCAUAAAUAAUUCUAUAGUGCAUGAAGAUGGGCCUUUCUUUAAAAUGAACCCAAACCUUGAUACAAUUUGAAAUUGUAUUUAUUAACAGUGUAAUAACACUGUCAUAUUGUUAUUAUACAAUGUCAACUAAAUAGUUUGCUUACAUUUUGUUAUUCAUGUAUAAUUAUACCUUAAGUUUCACCUGUGAAAUGUGGAUUCAUCAAAUGUAUUUGUGUAUUAUUAUAUAUACUGUUUACUCUUUCGAAUUGCAUUUUAUAAAAUACUUAUCGUUAUCGUAAGUAUUACGGUUCUUUAUAAAUAACCGAUCAGGUGGGUCCGACUUUGAUGACAUCUUUUCACUCGUCUUGCAAUAAGUUUAAGUGAAUUUACCCCAUAUGGUAAGUGUAGCUGUUAACUAAAUUUGUAUCGCGUUUAAAUAAUUCCUUUAAUGCAUAAUAUACAAACCCGUAUUUACAUAGAUCUAUUUCAUAAGUCAUUUAUUUACUUAGUCUAACUUUCACUUCCUACUUUGAAGUAUAUGUUAAGAAACACGAUAGUAUUAUCGUAAGUUGUUUUUCUGAUUAAAUGUAUGUAUCAUUCAACAUCAACAUAUUUUUUAACAAAACCAAUAUCCAUUCUUUGAUAUGAUAGAAAACAAGCGCGUGUGCAUUUAUGGACAACUUGUAUUUCUCAUUCUUUGUCUUAGCUGUGUCUCUGUUCGUGUCUUUUUUUUUAAACAUCCAACGAAGUAAUUUGUUUACUGAUUGUGUAUUUAUUUGAAUGUAUUUGUCAUAAACAAAAUAAAAACA